AUGGGCGUGUUUUCGACUCAAAGAGGCUCGAGAACAGCGACGACCCAAGAAGGCUUACCGGUCUCUGGUGGGAUUUCAACGGCGCCCAAGAGAAAAUGGUCCAAUCUGAUGCCUUUCUUUGUGGCCCUUGUGGUCAUAGCAGAGAUCGCCUUCUUGGGUAAGCUUGACAUCGCAAAGAACACAGCUUUAGUCGAUUCCUGGGCCGACUUGUUCUCCCCGGCUCCGUUGAUUCAUGAACUGGCGGUGGAGAGUGAUGAUUUGGGUUUGCUGAGUUGCGAGGAGUGGUUGGAGAGAGAGGAUGCUGUAGAGUAUUCCAGGGAUUUUGAGAAAGAACCCAUUUUGGUUUCUGGUGAUGAGAAGGAAUGGAAAUCUUGUUCUGUGGGAUGCCAGUUUGGAUUCAAUCCCAGCAAAAAACCUGAUGCUGCUUUUGGCUUAGCUCACCAAACUGGGACAGCCAGUGUUCUCCGAUCCAUGGAAUCAGCUCAAUACUAUGCAGAGAACAAUCUUGCUUAUGCACGACGGAGGGGAUAUAAUAUUAUUAUGACAACCAGUCUCUCCUCGGAUGUUCCAGUUGGAUAUUUUUCUUGGGCUGAGUACAACAUCAUGGCACCUGUCCAGCCAAAGACUGAGACUGCCCUUGCAGCUGCAUUUAUUUCCAACUGUGGUGCCCGCAACUUCCGCUUGCAAGCCCUUGAAGCACUUGAAAGUGCUAAGAUUAAGAUAGAUUCUUAUGGUGGUUGCCACAGAAACCGUGAUGGAAAAGUGGACAAAGUUGAAACUCUGAAGCGCUAUAAAUUUAGUUUGGCCUUUGAGAAUUCCAACGAGGAGGAUUAUGUUACUGAGAAAUACUUCCAAUCUCUUGUUGCUGGGUCUAUACCUGUGGUGGUUGGAGCUCCGAAUAUUGAAGAUUUUGCUCCUGCUCCUGGUGCAGUUUUACAUAUUAAGGAGAUAAACGAUGUUGAACCAGUUGCCAAGAGAAUGAAAUACCUUGCAGAUAAUCCUGAAGCAUAUAAUCAGUCAUUAAGGUGGAAAUAUGAGGGUCCAUCCGAUUCCUUCAAGGCCCUUGUGGACAUGGCAGCAGUACAUUCAUCAUGCCGUCUUUGCAUUCACCUGGCAACGAUGAUUCACGAGAAAGAAGAAAUGAGCCUAGGGUCCAAAAGUCGACCUUGCAAGUGCACCAGAGGCUCAGCAGUUGUCUAUCACUUAUAUGUAAGAGAAAGAGGGAGGUUCGAGAUGGAAUCUAUUUUCUUAAGGUCUGGCAAUCUGACUCUUGGAGCUUUUGAGUCUCUGGUGCUCACAAAAUUCAAGUCUCAGAAACAUGUGCCGAUUUGGAAAGAGGAAAGACCUAAAAGCAUAAGAGGAGGAGAUGAUUUUAAAAUAUAUAGAAUAUAUCCUGUUGGCAUGACACAGAGGCAAGCCUUAUAUACCUUCAGAUUUAAUGGGGAUGCUGAUUUUAGAAGACAUGUUGAAAGCAACCCAUGUGCAAAGUUUGAAGUCAUACUUGUUUAG